UUUUCUGCCCAGCUCCUACCCACUACUCUAUCCUUUCAUGUUUCUCCAUCUUGCUACAUUUCUGACAGUUGUCACUUAGCUAAGAAGUAAAUACAAGCUAUCAGUCCUUUCUCCAGCUCCUAAUGUUCUGGAUACAAGUAACAAGAUAAAGCAAACAGCACAACAUCCUAAAAUAAAUCUAUCAGAAUGACACCUUCUCAGGUUACCUUUGAAAUAAGAGGAACUCUUUUACCAGGAGAAGUUUUUGCAAUAUGUGGAAGCUGUGAUGCUUUGGGGAACUGGAAUCCUCAAAAUGCUGUGGCUCUUCUUCCGGAAAAUGAGACAGGUGAAAGCUUGUUAUGGAAAGCAACCAUUGUACUCAGUAGAGGAGUAUCAGUUCAGUAUCGCUACUUCAAAGGGUGCUUUUUGGAACCAAAGACUAUCGGUGGUCCAUGUCAAGUCAUAGUUCACAAGUGGGAGACUCAUCUACAACCACGAUCAAUAACCCCUUUAGAAAGUGAAAUUAUUAUUGACGAUGGACAAUUUGGAAUUCACAAUGGUGUUGAGACUCUGGAUUCUGGAUGGCUGACGUGUCAGACUGAAAUAAGAUUACGUUUGCAUUAUUCUGAAAAACCUCCUGUGUCAAUAACCAAGAAAAAAUUUAAAAAAUCUAGAUUUAGGGUAAAGCUGACACUAGAGGGUCUGGAGGAAGAUGACGAUGAUAGAGUAUCUCCCACUGUUCUUCACAAAAUGUCCAAUAGCCUGGAGAUAUCAUUAAUAAGCGACAAUGAGUUCAAGUGCAGGCAUUCACAGCCAGAGUGUGGGUAUGGCUUACAGCCUGAUCGUUGGACGGAGUAUAGCAUCCAGACAAUGGAACCAGAUAACCUGGAACUAAUAUUUGAUUUUUUUGAGGAAGAUCUCAGUGAACACAUAGUUCAGGGCGAUGCCCUUCCUGGACAUGUGGGUACAGCAUGCCUCUUAUCAUCCACCAUUGCUGAGAGUGGGAAGAGUGCUGGAAUCCUUACUCUUCCCAUCAUGAGCAGAAAUUCCAGAAAAACAAUAGGCAAAGUGAGAGUUGACUAUAUAGUUAUUAAGCCAUUACCAGGAUACACUUGUGGCAUGAAAUCUUCAUUUUCCAAAUAUUGGAAGCCAAGAAUACCAUUGGAUGUUGGACAUCGAGGUGCAGGGAAUUCUACAACAACUGCUCAGCUUGCUAAAGUUCAAGAAAAUACUAUUGCUUCUCUAAGAAAUGCUGCUAGUCAUGGUGCAGCCUUUGUAGAAUUUGAUGUACAUCUUUCAAAAGAUUUUGUGCCUGUGGUGUAUCAUGAUCUCACCUGUUGUUUGACUAUGAAAAAGAAAUUUGAUGCUGAUCCAGUUGAAUUAUUUGAAAUUCCAGUAAAGGAGUUAACAUUUGACCAACUCCAGUUGUUAAAGCUCGCUCAUGUGACUGCACUAAAAUCUAAAGAUCUGAAAGCAUCUGUGGUUGAGGAAGAAAAUUCUUUUUCUGAAAACCAGCCAUUUCCUUCUCUUAAGAUGGUUUUAGAGUCUUUGCCAGAAGACGUAGGGUUUAAUAUAGAAAUAAAAUGGAUCUGCCAACAGAGGGAUGGAAUGUGGGAUGGUAACUUGUCAACAUAUUUUGACAUGAAUCUGUUUUUGGAUAUAAUUUUAAAAACUGUCUUAGAACAUUCUGGGAAGAGGAGAAUAGUGUUUUCUUCAUUUGAUGCAGAUAUUUGCACAAUGGUUAGGCAAAAGCAGAACAAAUAUCCCAUAUUAUUUUUGACUCAAGGAAAGUCUGAUAUUUAUCCUGAACUCAUGGACCUCAGGUCUCGGACAACCCCCAUUGCAAUGAGCUUUGCACAGUUUGAAAAUCUGCUGGGGAUAAAUGCACAUACUGAAGACCUGCUCAGAAACCCAUCCUACAUUCAAGAGGCAAAAGCUAAGGGACUAGUCAUAUUCUGCUGGGGUGAUGAUACCAAUGAUCCUGAAAACAGAAAGAAAUUGAAGGAAUUUGGAGUUAAUGGUCUAAUUUAUGAUAGGAUAUAUGAUUGGAUGCCUGAACAGCCAAAUAUAUUCCAAGUGGAGCAGUUGGAACGCCUGAAGCAAGAAUUGCCAGAGCUUAAGAGCUGUUUGUGUCCCACUGGUAGCCGCUUUGUUCCCUCGUCUUUGUGUGGUGGGGAGCCUGACAUCCACAUGGAUGCCAACGGCAUUGAUAACGUGGAGAGUGCUUAGUUUUUAUUGGGCAGAGGCCAUUGUGGGGCAUGCACUGCUGUUCUGGGUAUUCACUUUUCAUCGUUGAAGCGUUGUUUUUCUAUGCCUUUUAGGUUUCUUGGUCCAAUGAAGCAAUAAUGAAGUAUUUUACUAUUUCACUACUGUUCUUGCUAGAAUUUCAAGUAUGCUAUUUAAAUCACUUGGCCAGGUAUAAUUACCAGUCAGUCUCUUUACAAUGAGAAAAUUUAUUGGUUGGUAAAUAUUUUAAACUAAAUAUGUAAAUGUAUACUCUUAAACAAAUGUUCGUUAAAAGCAUAGCACUUUGAAAUUAACUAUAUAAAUAUAUCAUAUUUACACUUCUUACAGCUUUUCAUUUGAUCAGGCCUGAUAUAUUUAGCACUUGAGGAACAUGACUAUGCAUAAUUAUACCUGACCAUGGAAGAAAUAAGUACCUCAAAUGCAUGCGUUUGCACUGGUGAUUCCAACUGCACAAAUCGUUGUGCCAUCUGUGUAUAUAUGUAUUUUUUACAUGUUACAUGCACAUAUACCAUUUCAUUCAGUAUGAACUUUGAGGCUGCUGCUGUUUUCCCACGUAACCAAACCAACACCUGUGUAAACAGCCUGGAGGUGAUCCUUAAAAACUUGUUUCAUAAGUCUUUCAAAAGUUGUUUGGCAUAAAUGUUAAAAUUUCAAAAUGCUGCAGGGUAAUUUAAUGUAUAAAAUAUUAGAAGUAUGUAUUGCAUAUUUAGUAGAGUAGAUCAUAAUGUAUAGAUUCUGUUCAAUGCAUGCUUUAGGUUUUAAGCAUGAGAUUGUACAUGUUUACUGUAAGUCCUUGCAUCUGUGGUGCUAGGUGAGUGUGAGAAGGUGUCAAGGACUGGAGAUAUUUUGUUGCCUAAAAAAAGCCUGUUUGUAGGCAUUUUGAAUAUGCUUGUUUUAAGUGUCUCUCACUACCUAUUACACACAGUUGCUUUGUGGGUUUGUUUUGUGUGUGUGUGUGUUGCACAGUCUCCAUGCAGAAAAAUAAAUGUCCUGAAUUCUCAUAUUGGUAUUUUUUAUUGGUUAAUGUAUAUCAUGCAUGUAAUUUAUUUAGAAAUGUAGAAGAUCCUACUAAGUGUAUAUGCAUGUUUUUAGGAUUAUUCUAAGGUUUCUUUCAUUAGAAGCAGAUUGUUUUGGCAUAACUGUAACUUAAGAAUGAAUGUUAAAUAAAAUACACAGAUUUAUUUUCUUCAUUAUAAAAUGUAAUUU